GAUCAUCGGACUUAGUCAGAGAAGUCCCAUUCCUAUCCCUGUCAGCUGUUUUUGCUGCCCGUCUUUUCUCAAAACUUCAUUUUCCAACUUCUCUCUCUCUCUCUCUCUCUCUCUCUCUCUCUCUCUCUCAAUAGCAAAGCAAGGAUCAAGUGAAAACUGAUUGUUUUCCAUUGAGUCUGAUUUAGUUCUUAGCUUCUGCUUCGAUGCCUUCAAUCAUGUCACCUCAGUGGCAAGAUAAGGCUGCUGGUUUCUUUUCUUCCUCCGGGGUGAAGCUUAAAGAAGCCAAGGAAUCAGCAGGAACAUUUGUUGGCGAGGUCACGAAGGAUACAAAGAGUAAUGUGGCCGAAGUGGCAGGACGAGUGGGAUCGAUGGUGAAGAGUCGGUGGGCACUUCUUCAGCAGCCAUCCACAAGACAUGCUGUGCAGGAUCGUUUCAUAUCAGCUGCUGCUACAACAGGUACCCUCCUGAGGAGAGGCUUCUCAGGGACAAAGGAUAAGGUGGUUGUGGGAAAGUCCAAGGUUGAAGAGGUUGCAAAAAUAACAGCACAAAAAAGUAAGACUAUCUUGACAGAUAUUGAAAGAUGGCAAAAGGGAGUUGCGAGCACUGAUUUAUUUGGAGUUCCUAUUGAGGUUACUGCACAAAGGCAAGAUUGCAGCAAACCUAUUCCUCAGAUAUUAGUCAAAUGUGGAGAUUAUCUUAUAGUUUCAGCAGGAUUGAACUCGCCAAAUCUUUUUAAAUCUGAAGGGGAUAAAAAGGUUAUCCACCAGUUGGUUUCCCUAUACAACCAAGAUUCUACUGCUUCGGUACCAGAAGGCACAAAUCCUGUUGAUGUAGCAGCUCUUGUAAAAUAUUAUCUUGCUAGCCUUCCUGAGCCACUAACCACAUUAGAGCUUUAUAAUGAGAUUAGAAGUGCUCGAUCCAGUAUAUAUUCCAUGAGAAACAUACUCAAGAGGCUUUCCAGUGUAAACUACAUGACUCUGGAGUUUAUAACAGCACUUCUACUCCGUGUUAGCCAGAAAUCACUUCUCAAUAAGAUGGAUGCUCGGAGCCUUGCUAUGGAAAUGGCACCUGUUAUUAUGUGGCAAAAGGAACGGAGACCUGAAUUUUAUCAUCAAUAUUGGAAUCAGGUGUCAAAAAGUCUUUCCAAUAAGACUGUGGAUCCACCACCUGGCUCAUAUACUGCCUGGGACAUGCUUGCUGAUGAUGGUGAAGCCACAGAUGCAUCAUCUCCUAUUCCUUUGGAUGACGGCACACCAGUAGAUUUUGGUGCAAUUGAGGUUGUUCAGUUGCUCACAGAACAUCAUAAUGCAAUUUUCACAGAUGCAAAUGAGACAGUCUGGAAAUGAAUUGCUUGAUUCCUUUUACUGUAUUUAUUGGUUGACUUGGAAUAUUGGACUUGGAGUAAACUUUUUUCCCAAUCCGGGCAUGAAGAUCAUUAUUAGCAGCUAUAUUUGAAGUUAUCCACAAUCAUCACGCGCGGAAAGAUGUUGGAUAUUACUGGUCCAGUUUUAGUGAUAAUCCCUAUCUGAUUUUCGAUGUUUUAUGCUUUUAGGGGAGCGACUGUUAUACUUCAAAAAGGGGGUAAAAGUAGCGAAAGUAUUGUACAGCUAUUAUGUAUUGCUUGCAGAAAUUCGUCACGAAGUGUGCUGUGUUGUUGUGGUCUUUCGCUUGGACUGAUGAUAUGUGUGAUCUUUGUUUUGUGACCUUUGUCUAUAGUUUACGUAGAGUCAUAUAUUCAUAUUCAUAUAUAUAGAUAAAGGUCAGUUUGCUACACUGUAGUAGAAAUGGAUCAUAUAAAUCUUGUCCCUGAUUGGGAGAAUGCUGCAAAAGGGGUACAGCAAAGUCUUUUUUUUUUAUUGGCAAAUGUUAUUAGAUAGUUUGUUAGUUUUUGUUAUCAAGAGAGAUUAAACAUGUGAUCUUUUCCUUUUUUUUUUUUCUUAACCAUCUUAUGAGGUGGAGUAAGUUUGUUUCAAACUUGGAGAUUUAUAAUUUAUUUUACUCUUGGGA